AUGUCAAACCAUCGACUCAUUGUCGUAACAGGCGCAAAUCGAGGAAUUGGGAACGCAAUCGCGAAGCGUAUAUUGUCAAGAGACGAUGUACCAAUGAAAUUGUUCGCGACUUCAAGGACUGGCCAAAAUCUUCAAUUGGAUUCCCGUGACGGCCGCCAUGAAAUUCUCUACUCGCAGCUCGACGUCGGAUCUGAAGACAGCAUCAACGCAUUCAAAAAUCUCGUGCAGAGCCAUGGCCAGGUCGAUGCACUCAUCAACAAUGCUGGCAUCAACUUAGAUCUGAAGUACAAUCUCGAGAACGCGAAGCAGACUCUUGAUGUUAAUUAUCGCGGGACUCUCAGUAUGUGCAAAGCACUCAUUCCUCACCUCGCUCCUCAAGGUCGGAUCGUCAACCUCGCCUCCGUAGCUUCGAGCCUCAAACCCUACAGCGAAGAGAUUCAGUCCCGAUUCCGCAAUGCCAAAACACUCCAGGAUCUCGAGACUCUGGCACAAGAAUUCGAGUCYUCCGUCCGGACCCACACCGAAGUUGAGGCGGGCUUCGCCACCCCUGGCCGGUCUUAUUCCAUCUCCAAAGUCCUGGUCCGCGCUCUCACGGCGAUUCUCGCUCGCGAAAACCCAGGAUGUUUAAUCAACAGUUGCUGUCCUGGGUGGGUGUCUACAGACAUGGGCGAUUCCAUUAUCUCAAAAGGGAAACAUGCGCCAAAAACAGUCGCGGAAGGAAGUGAGAUCCCUGUUCGACUGGCAUUGGAUGACUUGGGUGGUGUGUCUGGGGAGUAUUGGGCGAACGAUUCUGUAAGGAGCCGGGAAUUGGGGAAAGUCCAGAAGGAGUGGUGA